CGCUCUACGAAAUCAGUAGCAAAAAAACUCAUUCAACAUGAAGAUCUUCAUCGUAUUGGCCAUGUUGGUGGCAGCCGUUUGCGCUUUGCCCCAAUUCGGUAGUCCCUACUACGGUGGCGGUUUCGGACGCCCUGGAUUUGGCGGCGGCUUUGGUGGCCCUGGAUUUGGUGGCGGUUUUGGUAGCCCCUACGGAGGCGGUUUCGGACGCCCUGGAUUUGGCGGUGGCUUCGGAGGUCCCGGUUUUUACCGUCCCGGAUUUGGUGGUGGUGGCGGUGCGGCCUCAUCUUCUGCAUCUGCCUCUGCUGCUGGUGGUGGCGGUUUCGGCGGUGGUGCUGCUUCCGCAUCUGCCUCAGCCUCAGCUGCUGGUGGUGGAUUCCGCGGUUAAAAAUUAAACCCCCGUGUCCCUAGUCGAUAUUAUUUCGUUUAUAUUUAUUAAUUCAAGUUAAUGUUGAAACAACAAUUUUUUGUUGUAGAGAAUUUAAGAACAAAAUAACAAUUUUGUUAUUUUAAAACAAAUAUUUUUAAUGUAAGAGCCAAACAAAUCAUUUAAGAACAUAAACAUAGACAUUUAGUUAUAAGAAGAAAAAAAAUAAGAAUUAAAAUAAAAGCAAACACUUUGCAAGAAAGUCAA